UACAAAUGAUGAGCCCUCCUCUUUUGCUUGUUAGCUUCCUUCAUUCAAGAGGGUGCGAAGAGGACUGUCAACUAACCGACUUGAUUUUUUGACGGGCGUUAUGGCUUCGAGUAAUGGUUCUGUUGGCAAAUGGGAGGUGGUGAAGAAGGGCAAGAAAAGCGGCAGCUCGGUUGCUGCUAAAAUCACAACCGACAAGAAAAGCAACUCGGCGAACCGGAAAGCUCUCGGGGAGUCUAACCAGCCAUCCAGACUGCCUAUUAGGAUGUCGGCGACUUUGUUUGAAUCCUUUGAGAAGAUUGGAAAGAAACAGAACAAAGAGCAGGUUCCACCACCAGGAGAGCCUCCAAACAAGAAGUCUUCAUCAAGUAAACCAGCCAAGAAGUCGCCUACUAGCAGUCCACCCGCCCCCCCGACCCACAAAACUCUAGAGGAGGCCUUCAAAGCUUUGGACAUCAGCGACCUGAAGCAGCAAUUGGCCAACAGUCAGACGCUCUUCCCCAAAAAUCCAUCAGUGUGGGUGAAAGACCUGGCUGGGUACCUCAAUCUCAAAUUGACGGCGCCUGAAACGGAGCCUACUCUCAGCAGCUAUGCUCAUGACUACCCGUACUGCCUUAUUGGGAAGGAGCUGAAGACUGUGAUCAAAAGUCUCUUUGGGCGUUGCAGCGAUGUCCUGCCAGAUUUUUUCGACCACUGUGUUUACACCAUGCUUCGAGAACUGGACAGACAGUCAGGGGAGCCGCUACACGGAUACAGAGUUUGCAUCCAAGCAGUCCUGCAAGACAAACCCAAACUGGCAACUCAGAACUUACCUGCGUAUUUGGAGUUGCUGCGGUCUGUUCAGAACCAUCCUGUCAAGUGUUUGACCAUCAUGUGGGCUCUGGGCCAGGCUGGAUUUUAUGACUUAAGUCAGGGACUAAGAGUGUGGCUCGGUAUCAUGCUUCCUGUACUGGGAGUGAGGUCGCUGUCUUCAUAUGCCAUCGCCUACCUGGAGAGACUGCUCCUCCUACAUGCAAAUUUGACUAAGGGGUUUGGCAUUAUGGGUCCUAAAGAGUUCUUUCCCCUGCUUGAUUUUGCCUACAUGCCCAAGAACGCCCUGUCAUCAAGUUUACAGGAGCAGCUGAGGCGCCUGUACCCUCGACUGAAAGCCUUAGCGUUCGGAGCCAAACCCGAGAGCACCUUACACACGUACCUGCCGUCGUUCUUGUCCAGAGCCACACCAAACUGUCCAGAAGACAUGAAGAAGGAGCUGCUCAACAGUAUGACAGAGUGUCUGUGUGUAGACGUACAGAGUUUGGGAGUCUGGAGGCAGCUUUAUACAAAACACUUAGCCCAGUCCAGUCUGCUGCUGAACCAUUUAUUGAGCUGCUGGAAGACCCUGCCACCAAAGCUGAGGAAGAACCUUGAAGAAACAAUUCAGUCUUUCAAGGUGACGAACGAUGAGAUGAGAGAAACUAACCAAUCUCAGGACCUUCACGAAUGCCAUGACUUAUGUCAGAGUAUCCAAGUAAAGAUGCGUGGACGUGGGUUCCCCUGGUCCAAGCUGCUCAUGGUCCUGUUGGUCUUUGUCACCGGUUUCAUCGCUCACGACGUCCGAUCUCACGGCUCCUUCAGCGACUCAGUCACAGCCAAACAUCUCCACAGUUCCGGUGUGACAUCUGUGUCUAAGCAGGCUUGGAGCAAAAUCACUGUCUACUCCAAGCAGGGCUUCAGCUGGUUGGAGACGAACACUCCUUACUAUUACUCUGAGGGUGUGCGAGUCUUGGGACCAAUAUUGGAACAAGGUGUGGAGAAGACCAAAGCUGCAGCUGUCAUCAUCUCUGAGAGAACUACUCAGGUCAUCCUGUGGGGCAAAGAAAGCAUCCCAUUGGUCAUAGAAUGGGUGAGGGCAAACACCCCUGACGGUGUGUUCCAGGUGUUGGCUUAUCUGAAGGAGCUGAUCCUCUUCAUCCACCAAAACUACAUCUUGCCAGCAUUGGCGUUCAUAUUUGACCUGCUGCAGCUUGCAUGGACCAACCUUCAGGACUCCUGCAACGGUGAAGUAUCUGUAUCAUGUCUCCAAGGGCACGCUCUGUCCUUUACCAACUCUACGUGGCAACUGCUCCAACAUACCACCUCUGCCAUCAAGACAUGGGCUCAGGAGCUGUUGACACCAGCGUAAUACACGAGUCACAUUUUAAUACACACACACACACACACACAGCAACCCAGUCUGAGCUUGCCUUACACUACAGCUGCUCCCCUUUUCAUUAAACUGUGAUUGGACUCUUAGGGUCAUACACUGACCACAAGAAGACCCUUCUGUCUUAUGUGUUGGAUUUUUUCAAUUAGCUCAGUGUUGUAUAUAAUUUUUUUUCUACCAAUCCUUUUUUCUCCUUUCCUUAAGUUUUCUACUGUGAAAAUCCAUUUUGAGGUUGAAAAGUAUUAUGAUGGAUUGAAGAGAAUUUAUAAAUAAUUUUUAAAUUAAAUAUAUUGGGAACAUGUUGUGUGAAAACUGUUGAAGGUGCAGGGAAAUGACCAAAAGUAAGUUGUGUAGACUUCUCACUUGGCCAUACGUAGGAGAAUCACAUUCUGUGUUGGUUGUGUGUUUUGUGUGUGUGUGCGUUUUACAUGUUUGGCUAUGUAAAGCCAUCCUUGAUUUUGGUGAAAGUCAACUAGGUAACUCGACUGUCCUAAAGCACCCCCCCUAAAAAAAACAUAACACCAUGCAUUGUGACUCAUCUUUCCAUGCGGUCCUGCUGACUUCUGCUGACUUCUGCUGACUACUGAUUUCAAUCUGCAUUUUCUUUUCCACUCUCAUCGGGUUUUGAAGGCAGCACUACAAACAUGAACUCAUUAUUAUUGUAUGUGCCCUGGAGGGUAGUCACCUUGUUUCACGCCAGCUGAUUCCUCCUGUGAACCAGAUGUUUGGAUGAUUUGGAUGGUGUAUGUCUUAUCUAAAUAAAUGCUUUAUAAUAAAUA